CAUAUCCUGCCCACUGGGACACAUGCCCGAGAAAGGGAUUAUCACCUCAAGGUCUUCAGAUAACAGCCUGGUGCGCAGGGAUAUAAUGGGGAGCCCUCCAGGCAGGCGCCCUACACCUCCCUGACUGCGGCACCAUGACCUUCCUCUGGCUUCUCUCCUGCUACGCCCUCCUAGGCACGGCCUUUGCCUCAGGCUGCGGGGUCCCCGCCAUCGACCCUGUGCUGAGCGGCCUGUCCAGGAUCGUCAACGGGGAGGACGCUGUCCCCGGCUCCUGGCCCUGGCAGGUGUCCCUGCAGGACAGCACCGGCUUCCACUUCUGCGGGGGCUCCCUCAUCAGCGAGGACUGGGUGGUCACCGCCGCCCACUGCAAUGUCAAAACCUCCCAUCUGGUCGUGGCCGGGGAGUCUGACCAGAGCUCAGACGCCGAGGACAUCCAGGUGUUGAGGAUUGCCAAGGUUUUCAAGAACCCCAGGUACAACCUGUUCACCACCAACAACGACAUCGCCCUGCUGAAGCUGGCCACGCCCGCGCGCUUCUCCAAGACCGUGUCCGCCGUGUGCCUGCCCAGCGCCAACGACGACUUCCCCGCCGGGAUGCUGUGCGCCACGACUGGCUGGGGCCUGACCAAACACACCAAUGCCAACAUCCCCGACAGGCUGCAGCAGGCGACUCUGCCCCUCCUGUCCAACACCAGCUGCAAGAAAUACUGGGGCAGCAAGAUCACCAACAACAUGGUUUGCGCCGGCGCCAGCGGCGUGUCCUCCUGCAUGGGCGACUCUGGUGGCCCCCUGGUCUGCCAGAAGGACGGAGCCUGGAACCUGGUCGGCAUCGUGUCCUGGGGCAGCGGCACCUGCUCCACCUCCAGCCCCGGCGUGUACGCACGCGUCACCGCACUCAUCCCCUGGGUGAAGGAGAUCCUGGCCGCCAACUGACGACCAGGCUUCACCCUGGCCUCCCUGCUGACCUUGCUUCCACAAAGCCUCAAUAAACCAGUGGAAGACAUGCUGAUGGUGUCCGUGACCUGUUUGGGGGCUUCUGAGAGUUUACUCUGCUCCUGAAUUUGGACCUUCGCCGAACCAGGUGUCCGGGAGGGCCCCUCCCUAGUCCCCCUCCCGAGUGGCCAGGAAGGGCACGGGCAGAUAAAGAGGCACCGUGGCCCCCACCUCUCACCUCACGCUCCCACCUGCAACUUCGAGCUCCUCACCAUCCACCCCCGGCUCAGUGUGCGCGGGGCCUGCCCACACACCUGUGAUUCCAGGACACCUUCCCAGGAGUGGCCCCCAGGGGCUCAGGCCCACGCUGGA